CUGGGGGAAACAUUUUUAAUUAAGCAUUUAUCACUUCAUAAUUUUGAUGAUGAAACUCUACAUGUACAAAUAACAAAUUUACGUACGACUCCUAAGUCUUCAACAUGGGCUGACAUUGAAACAGGCGUGUCGCAAGGCGGAAUAGUUUCUCCUAUAAUGUUUUCUCUAUUUAUAAAUUCUAUUAUUCACUUCUCAACUGAAGUCCGAGACCAGAUCAAUAAGAUGCUCGAGCAAAAUAUAAUUAGACCAUCGGACUCUGCUUGGAGCUCUCCUAUUUGGAUUGUACCCAAAAAGGCGGACGCUUCCGGCAAAAUAAAAUGGCGUCUAGUUGUGGACUUCAGGAAGGUGAAUGAAAAGACAGUCGAUGACAAAUAUCCUAUUCCUAAUAUAACCGAUGUUCUAGACAAACUGGGCAAAUGUCAGUACUUUACCACGCUCGAUUUAGCCAGUGGAUUUUAUCAGGCGUAUUAUUUGCGAGACGGCACUGCUGUCAGUGUAGUACAAGCUUUACUAAUUUUCUGCACACAUCAUGGAAUUCCAAUUACCAUAGUUUCCGAUAACGGCCCUGAGUUUACCAACCAACUUAUUGCAGAAUUCGUUAGACUUCAUAAAAUUCAGCACCAUAGAGUAGCCCCACAUGCACCCAACGAAAAUGGUAUCGUUGAACGAUUUCACGCCACCAUAUUAGAACAUCUCCGUAUUUUAAAGAUAAAUCAAAAGAAUGAAUCCGCUAUUAACCUUAUGCCCUAUGCCCUAUUAGCUUACAAUCAUAGUAUACAUAGCUUCACAAAAUGCAAACCAAUAGAAGUAAUUACAGGACAUUUUGACCCUCGCGAUCCUUUUGACAUAGAUCUGUCCGCCCACUUACUUCAACAGACUCUCCUGGUACUUCAUCUCCUUCUGGGACCAGCUCUAAUGCAGGAGAUAAGACUUGAAAGUCUUAGCGAUGGACCUGGUAUAUUACCCUUCAAAUUAGGCCCCGCUCGAAUCCUAUCCCACUACCAUGCAUUUCUGCAAUAUGUAAAUCUCCAGGAAUUAGGAGAUAAAGUAAAUUCAGUUAAAACACAGUUAAUCAGUAUUAGCCCUAACCUUAACAACAUAACCAAUUCGUUAUUUCAGCCUCAUAUUGAUUAUCUUAAAAAUAAGCUUGAAAGUGUCACCAUACAGUUGAGUAGCUUUAAAACGAACCGUGAGAAAAGAGGACUUGUAGAUGGUCUCGGUUCCAUCAUAAAAAGUAUAACUGGUAACCUUGAUUAUACAGAUGCAGAUCAUUUUAAUCGUGCUAUAAAAUCCAUCCACGAAGACGAAAAUAAAAUCGUUACGGAAUUUAAUAAUCAUGUAAGCCUAACUAAAGAUUUAUCAAAUCAAUACUCCAGAAUAAUAGAUAGCAUUGUAGAUAAUCAAAAUAAAUUAGAAAUACUAAUAGGUAAAAUAAAUCAAUCCGAGGCUACCAGAGACUAUGACCUAAUUAAAUAUGCCCAUUUUGGACAAGUACUAAUGAUCCUUAGUGAUAACGUUGAUUCCAUUUCACAGGAAUUAAUUAAGUUACAGAACAACUUAGCAUUUAUAAGAGCUAACACUAUGCACCACUCUAUAGUUAAUUUAAAAUCUAUCCGAAUAAUGAUUAACAGAGCAACCGAACUUUAUGGAAAUAAAAAGGUAGGAGAUUUAGAUAUUAGGGAAUAUUAUGAUAUUAUUAGAUUAGGUUCAUAUUAUGUAGGAAAUGAAAUAGUAAUAGUAUUUAAGUUCCCAAUUCUAUUACCCCAUAUAUAUGAUAUGUAUAAGUUAUCUAUUGUUCCUAACAAGAGACACGAAAUCCUCACACCACCCUUUCCAUUCCUAGCCAUUUAUCAGAAAGAUUUUCAGUACAUAGAGGCAGAAUGCCCGAAGACCAGUAAAUGGUACAUCUGUAAAGAAAAGCGGAGCCUGAGAAGUCAAACAUCCCCUGAUUGCAUCCAUCACCUCAUCACUAAGCAACAGACGAAUGCAGUAUGUAACCCGUAUACAGUCACCCUAGAUAAACCAGCUUACGAAGAACUGGACGACAAGCAUUACACCAUCACUUUCCCCACACCAACGAAAGUACAUCUAUCCUGUGGACAAGAUCUCUACAAAAUACUUCAAGGUAGUUAUCUCGUUAUUGUCCCUCUGAAAUGCUACAUAGAAACGCCACUAUUCUCGAUCUCAAAUACUAAAGAUCGAUUGAAGGGACAAGCCUUAAAGAUAAUGGACAUACCUGAGGAACACACCAGCAUCCCAUCUUCUGCAUCGGCAUAUAAACUAAAUUCAAUAAACCUCCAACAUCUUCAUGCAACGAACACUAAAAUAUCCCAGCAAUCGCCAUUGAAUUUAAGAAGAAACGAUGACUACAGUCUAUAUCAUACUACAAUACCAUUUUACGCAUUAAUAAUAAGUGCAGGUGCACUGAUUCUAUGCAUACUCUAUAGAAGAUACAAGCCGAAGCCAACUGGAGGUACGCAAAGGAACUCAGAAGAGGACCAUCCUAAAUCAUUAAGGGUAUACGCUGUUCCAGACACUGAGAAGAUUGAUCUCGAUCAACUCCCAGCUCAAUUCACGACCAAGGUCUUCCAUAGUCGCUGUUCUUCGGGGGGAGGUGUUACGCAGCCCUAA